ACGCUGUUUUAAUGUUUGAUUUGUUUUUCAAAUAGAAACUCAACCGUUGAAACGUAGACAGCAUCACAGCAGCAUCUUCUCUCUCCAGCAAAUUCGAGCAGAAGAAGAAGAAGAAGAAGAAGAAGAAGAGACUAGUGAAGGAGAUGGCCGGACAUUUGUAUUUUCCGGAGAGACAUAUGGCCGUAGACAAGCGUCUCGGAUACCCGAUAACCUACAAAAAUAUGUGUCGAGAAAGGGAGAUUGGUCCGUACGGCAAUGGCCCUCCCUCUACGUUCCUUCCUCACUCUCCGCAGGAGACUGAGAGCUUGAAGACUUCAGAGCUCGAAGAGAUGUUUCCAGUUAUAAACCCUAAAGUCAAGCCAACAACUGAUCCGAGGAUCUUUCUGGAUGUCCUAUGGAAAGAACUUGACCACUUAGGCAACGCUGGGUUUGAUCCUGCAGUCAUCCGGGUAGAUCCGUAUGGCAAUGUUCUCUAUUUCAAUGCAGAUUCAGCUUCUCCUCUUGCGUGGGACAUCGACCACUGGUUUCCACUAUCAAGAGGAGGCUUGACUGUGCCAAGCAACCUAAGGUUACUGCAGCGACAAGUCUACAAGAAAAAGCAUAACAAACUCGAAUUCCUCAUCCCAUGGUGGGAUCUUCAGCUGGGCAUUUCUGUCACCCAAUUCUUAUCCAUCUUUGCUUCUUCAAACUCUGAUUUCAGGCGCAGAGGAUUUUACUACUUGUUCAAAGGAGGAGAGGAGGAAGUCACCAACACAGUAACCGUGGAAUCUUUAGGUAACUCGCAACGUCAUCCUCCGGAAACAAGUUUUAAGCCCAGCCUAGCUCCCACAGCCAUUGUCCGGUCAGAAAGAGACUCACACGAUGACGCUUUGGCUCUAAGGACGUUGAAUAGCUAUCAGAAAACAAGGCCACCAACUCCUGCAAUCGCUUCAAGGAAGAUUGAAGUUAAGCCAAGAACAAUGAAAGAAAACGAAGCCCCGGAUUUUACCACAAACCCGUAUCAAGCAAUCGUGGCUGCAAGAAAUUCUCUGAAACAGCAAGAGGGAUCUCAAACACUGAAAGCAGAAAUAAAGAAAUUGGAUGGUCAGUUGAAUGAGAUGAGGAAACAAAAUGAUGAAGAACAACUCACUAUUGAAGAAUUGGAGUUUGAACUGAUACAGCGUCGGAGAAAUGCAGAAAAGUGCAGGAGAGUAGCUGAGGAACAAUGCUCAUACAGAAACGCAAUUGAGAAAAUGAUUCGGGAUGCUAUGCAUCAAAGUGUUGUUUACAAGGAACAGGUUAGCCUGAACCACGCUGCCACGAUGGUGCUUAAGACCAGACUAGAUGCUCAGAAAGCAAUGUGUGAUGAAUCCGAGAAGGAACUUCACACGAAAUCGAAGAAAAGAGAUGAGCUCGAGAAGCAACUGAGAUUGGAGUUACAGCAAGCUAGGAAAAGGUCGCGACUUGACGAUUCUGUUAGUGAAAAGAAGUUACAGGCAAUACCACAGAACCACAACCCACGUGAAGAACUUGAUGAUGGAACUGGAAACGAAAACAGAGAGACAAUGAAUGAAGAGAUCUUUGGGAUCGAAGAUGGUCUGAGAGGAAAGGAUACUGCUAGGGAAGUGAAAAAUAUUGAAAGCCGAAAGAGCUUCAGGAGAGUUUCUUCAUCUCCAUGGUUGAUCUCUGGCAUGAAAACCAGCAGGAACUGCAAUGGGAAAGACCCUGCAAGGAUGGGCGAUGACAGAGAUCACAACCUUCAUUCAGGAUGACAGUUUCAUUAUAGAUCAUCCCUGAAGAAAAACAUUCAAGAACAUAGAGAAACUCUAAUGUUAUUUCUGUGUGAGCCAUGAUGUACCUUUGGUGGUUUACACCCUUAAGUAAUAACAUCUUGUUCUGUGAUA